GACACAUCGGACAGAGCACUCUCGAAUAAUUUCGCUAUGGCGGUCUCUAAACUGGUCCCCCGUAACCAAAAGGUCCUCCUGGCCGUCAUCAUCAUGACCAGCGUGAUAGAUUCGGUCCUCGUAGGGUACGACUCAUCCUUGAUGGGGUCUUUCAACGUUAUGCCAGCCUACAUCAACUACUUUACGCUCACCACCACAACCAAGUCGCUUAAUACCGCAAUCAGCUAUGUAGGCGGUUGCUUCAUGUCUCUUUUUUCUGGAUCCAUUGUCGAUUGGCGAGGGCGUAAAGAGUCUAUCAUCUGGUCAGCCAUCAUCACGUUGAUCGGAGGUGUAAUCCAGGGUGCAGCACAGAACAUUGGUAUGUUCAUUGCUGGCCGCUUCAUUGUUGGAUUUGGGUUAGGGUUGGCCCAAGUCAGCACGCCGACGCUUGUUGCCGAAACCACGCCAGUGAAAUGGAGGGGUUUUGCUUUGGGGCUGUACUAUGCUUGCUGGGGCUGCGGUACCUUGAUUGCCAGCGGAGUAUGCUACGGUACCCAAGCUAUGUCAUCUACAUGGGCCUGGCGAAUUCCGUCACUAUUACAAGCUGCGCCAUCAAUAUGGUGCAUGUUUAUCCUGCUCUUCGUACCCGAAUCCCCCCGUUGGCUCAUCAGUCAAGGCCGCAACGACGAAGCCCUGCAGAUCCUCGCCAUUGCAAAUAGUGACGGUGAUACCGUUUCCCCCAUCGUUCAACUGCAGUUCAAGGAAAUCCAAGACACGCUCCGCUGGGAGAAAGAACGCGAACUCUCCGUCGUCCAAUCCCUAGCACAACCCGCAAAUCGUCGCCGUCUUCUCAUCACCACCACUUUCAGCAUCAUGGUCAUGCUUCCCGGUACCAACAUCGUGCAGUUCUACUUCGGCGACAUGCUCAGCAGCGCUGGUAUAUCAGACCCAACGACGCAACUCCAAAUAAACGUCAUCCUGACAGCCUGGACCCUAGUCGUCGCAGUAAUCGCCUCCCUCUUCGCAGACAAAGUCGGGCGCAAAACUCUUUGCGCAGGCGCCCUCUCCGCGGGCACGAUUGCCCUCUACAUCCUCGCCGGCUUGACCGCAAAAUACGGCACCUCGGGUUAUGCGCCCGGAGUGUACGGCACCAUCGCUAUGAUAUUCAUCUACAACGCAACGUACGCAUGGGGAAUCACCCCCUUGACCGUUUUGUACCCACCUGAAGUUCUGUCGUUUGAUAUCCGUGCGGUAGGAAUGGGUAUAUAUACGUUUGCGACGAAGCUUUGUGGGUUGUUUGUUACUAUGGCGGUACCAUUUGGGCUGGCGGCGAUUGGGUGGAAGGUUUAUAUUAUCAAUGCUAGUGUCGAUGUGUUGAUGGUGGUUUUCGUGCUUGUGUUUUGGGUUGAGACGAGGGGGUUGACGUUGGAGGAGGUGAAUAGAUUGUUUGAUGGGGUUAAACAUUCGGAUGUGCCUGAUUUGGAGGCUGUGGUGGAGGGAAAAGUUGGAGACGGCGUGAUUGAGGGGAAGAGUGAGGGAGAGGCACAAGUUGAUGUUGUGGAGAAGGGGAGGUACUGAAAGAUGAUGCUCAUGCUUC